GGAUGGAGACAAGGGCAACAUCCUUGACAACCUGCUGUCCCGGAUGGAGCAGUACGCCAACAACCUGGAGGCCCUGGUGGAGGAGAGGACAGCCGACUACCUCGAGCAGAAGAAGAAGGCAGAGGACCUGCUGUACAUGAUGCUGCCCAAGUCAGUCGCGGGUCAGCUGAUCAGGGGCGAGGUGGUCAAGGCGGAAAAUUACGAUGAAGUGACCAUCUACUUCAGCGACAUCUGUGGCUUCACGGCGUUGUCGUCGGAGAGCACGCCCAUGCAGGUGAUAGAUUUGCUGAAUGACCUCUAUACAACGUUUGACUCGAUCAUCGAACAUUUCGAUGUUUAUAAGGUUGAGACGAUAGGCGACGCCUACAUGGUGGUGUCAGGAUUACCUGGACGAAACGGGAAACUGCACGCGCGGGAAAUAGCCCGGAUGUCGCUGUCUUUACUUAACGCUGUCCUGUCUUUCAAAAUCCGCCAUCGGCCGCAACAGCAGCUGAAACUACGGAUUGGCAUCCAUUCAGGGUCUGUGUGCGCCGGUGUUGUUGGGCACAAGAUGCCGAGGUACUGCUUGUUUGGCGACACCGUAAACACAGCGUCGAGGAUGGAGUCGAAUGGCCUGCCCCUACGGAUCCACGUCAGUCCUCAGACGAAAGAAGUGCUUGAUCGGUUCCAGACAUUUGACCUUGAACUUCGUGGUGCUGUUGAAAUGAAGGGCAAGGGGAGCGUGACAACGUACUGGUUGCUUGGGGAGCGGGAAGUGACCAUAACCUGAGUACCUUAUGACACAGCUGUGACGUCAUCCUCUUUGCAUAUUCUGUCACAUGGUCUACCGACAUCGAGGCGCGUGCGCCUGAAGUGGAUGAUUCCAUUUGUGAUUUGCUGAAGACUAUGGGGUGCUGAUGCGGCAAUGAAUAUUUCCAUGCCAUGAAGAGCGUAUAUUUGUAUUUUAUUUAUGUCAUCGUUGUAAAGCCAAUUCUCUUUGAUAUGCACUGCAUGUAUGGCGAUCAAGUGAUUUACGUAGCAAAGCUUCACUGGAUAUAUUCAGCCUUGCGUGAAGGUUCGCCUUUGUAGGACGCUGCUCGGGCAAAGUCGCAUCUUUCCGCCACGUUCAUGGUUCAACAUUCGUAACCACUUGGCUCAUUCCGUAACCCUCCGGAAUGACACGAGUGGCAACAAAUCAUGGUUGUGGAAUGAAGUGUUAGACUGAAUUGUAAUGAAGCGUGUGGAGCUUAUGGACAGCUUGCAACUGCAGAAUAACACAAGCGUGACACCAGAAGCAAGAGUAUUUAACUGUUUUGUCGAGUGAUGGUAUUCCAGGAUUUCCAAAGUCCAUCAGUUACAAAUUUAUUCAUUCACCAAAUUCUACUCAAGUGUAUGUUAAUGGUUCUGUAUAAAUAUCGCCCGGAUACAUGUGCACUCGAUUUUCGUUCUCAGCUCCCUGGGAGUACACAACUCAAGCUCUCCGUGAGGCUACAGGGGGUCACCAGUGACAUUAAAUACCCGCCCUACCGGGUACCCAUCUGUCCUGGUCCUAAGUACAUUGUAUUGUGUUGUUGUAAUAAUGGUCGCAGUGACCUACAUCCCAGAAGAAUAGUUUGUGAUUCUGGAGCAUAUCACGUAAAAAAAAUACCACGUAUUUGUUUAAAAAUGAAGGCAAUUUGUUAUUUACACUUCCGGGCAAAAGAACAUAUGCUCUUCAAAAUUGGAGUAGACAAAAUAUAUACACCUUAUCACGACGUUUCUUUCAGUCUCUGGAAUGUUUAAUGCAUUUUCCUUGGCAGUUAAUUUGAAAAUGCCCGAGAUUGUAUUCCGAUUGUUAAUUACGAUUGUUCGCAAAUAUAAAACAAAUCAGUCGUAAAACAGAAGUUGUCUGAAAGAAGGUGUUGACAUUGUCGGACCAGGCACUGUCGGAAUACUUUGUUUUUUGUUAUGUUUGAUGUUACUAGAGGGAUGGGUUGUCUCCCCUGGGAUGUGUACUGUAACGCGAGGUAUCUCCCCUGUAUUGUUGUUAUUGAAGAUGAGCUAUCUCCCUUGAAUGGCGCAUUGUUGUACCUGAAGGGGCGGGUUUUCUCCCCUGAAUUGUGUAAUGUUGUCACUAGAGGGAUGAGUUAUCUCCCCUGAGUGGUGUAAUAUGGAAAUCCCCCACAACUGUUACAUGUCCCUG